AUGCAAGAGACACACCUGACAGCUGACCACCAAUUCCAACUAGACACAAUAUUCUCCCGAUACCUAACAAUUCUGAAUUUGAGUGACCCUACACGCCCCAGCAACUCAGCUGGCAUCGCUUUCAUCUUAAACAAGGAACUCACCAAUGCCUCAAGUGCUACUGUUAAGAAUAUACUAAAUGUAUAUGCACCAAACAAUGCCAAUGAACAAAAUACCUUCUGGAAAAAGAUCAAAACUGAAUGGGAGAGAAUACAAGCUGGCCCCCUGGACUUCAUGCUGGGUGAAUUUAACUUAACCGAAAAUCCAAUAGACUGUGCCCCAGCAAGACUUGAUAAUGAAGCAGCUGUAGAUGCCCUAAGAGACCUAAAGUCAGUGCUAAAUAUGCAAGACACAUGGCACAAUGAGCACCCACACCACCACCUGUUCACAUUCAAUAGUAAUCACCAGAUACUAUCACGACUGGAUAGAAUAUACACUUUGGAUAGACACACCGAAAGCAUGCUGGAAUGGGCCUUGAGUGUAAGCCAAAUUCUAACAGAUCACCAUAUGGUAUCGGUGAGAUUUGCACCGCUUGGCCUUCCACAUACUGGCAAAGGCAGAUGGUCAUGGCCUGUAGGAGUGAUAACUGACGACAACCUAAUAAAACAAAUAAUCAGAAUAGGAAUUGAAACACAACAAGCUUUCGACAAGGUUGGACAGAGAACCAACACAAAAAACCCACAAAUGAUAUGGAAGGCAUUCAAGUCCAAAAUAACCAACACCACCAAAGAUACCACCGAAAAGCACCUAGCCAAGAUAAACCAAUGA